AUGAAUCCGAAACUCAGCAUCGCCCCUCUCCCAGGACGCUUGCGAAUGUACGUCCCGCCGGUCAACUUCGGUGCCGUCGAGACAAACUCCAUCUACAGAAGUGGUUACCCAACCAGUAAGAACUUCGACUUCAUAAACAGCCUGAACAUCAGAACCAUUCUCACCCUGGUUCCCGAGCCUCUGUCAGAAGAGUACAUUACCUUCAUGGAGCAGAACCACAUUCGCCAUUAUCAGAUCCACAUACCCGCCAACAAAGACGGAAAGGUCAACAUUACUCCAGAAACAAUGGCAACUGCUCUUGCCGUCGUCCUGAAUCGCAACAAUCACCCUCUUCUCAUCCACUGUAAUCGUGGCAAGCAUCGCACUGGUUGUGUCACGGCCUGCUUCCGCAAGACACAAUACAUCCAGAACGAUCCAGCUGUUGCCGAGUACCGCGAUUAUUCAUACCCCAAGUGCCGCGACGACGACAUGCGCUUCAUCAAAUCUUUUGAUCCUAGCAUCGUGCUACCCAUCGCACAAUCACAAGGCUGGCUACCCACACCGCCACCAGAGCCCAACGACGGCUUCUGGCACCUGAAGCAGCAGACUAAAAUCCCGACCUACGAGGAUGUCGCUGCCAUCAAAUCGAAGGAUGAACAGCACCUUGACCAGACUGCUCGCAUAUCGGUCAGGUGA